AAAAAACGGCAAAACUCACAACUCCCGCCAUCUAAGUAGACUGAGGUAGGAGAUUCAAAAAUCGUAGGAGGACAACUUGUGAGGUGUUAAGAAUCGUGUAUUCAUCCCAUUAUCAAACGUAAGUGUACAAAGUGGGCUCGCUCUGCCUUUUCUCCACGCUCAAUUUGUUUUGUAAGUUCGAGAUAGUUGAGAGACCCAUAUCACGAGGACCUUUCAGGGCUGUUGUGUUACCAACAGGAUUCGUCAUUUGGUUGUCAUCUGACGUGGUUAGUUUCCAGCUCAAUCUAUGUGACAUAAAAAGAAGUUAACAAAAGGCACUGGAUGUAGUAUAGUCAACCGGAUUUGGAGUUCUGUUGUGUAAUUAUUGUGUAACUAGUUGAGUGGAUAUUUUCCAUCACUGACUGGAGAAACCCAUUAUAAACUCUACUUGGUAAACCACAGAUGGCAAAAGAUACUCGCAUAUAUCAGAACCACUAAGAUUGUAUAUCAUGAUGGAGCUGACGAUCAAUGACUGCCUUUAAUUUUAACAAGAAGCAUGACACACACAGUUUGCACUCAACUGAAACCUUCGCUGUCUGUCCGGACUCGUGCUCUAACAAACAAGUCCCACACUAGAUUGGCCAACAAGCUGUCGUUGUUAUCUGAUUCUUUAAAUCUUCGUCUGCGUCAUGGGAACAGGAAUGUAGAAAGAAAAAAUCACUUCAAGCAUCGUCAUGUUUUCUUAAAUAGGGAUGAACGUUCACCUGACCCUAAAUCGCCUGUAGAAGAAAACAGUCUCAAAGAACAGUCUGUGAUCAAUUCAGUCCAAGAUACUUCUGCUUCUUCUGUUUCAUCUACUUCCUGUGGGUCCAGUGGUAUUUCCUCCGUUUGUAAAUGGAAGGGUUGUGAGUGUGUUGACAUUGAAAGGACUCAGUUAAUCAAUCACAUUCAACAAAUUCAUGUCGUCCCACAGUUGUCCAGUCGGCGGAAAUAUUUUAGUUGUUUGUGGCAGGAUUGUCGGGUGUUUGGAAGACCUAGUGUUUCGGCUGCAUGGUUGGAACAACAUAUACUUCAUCAUACGGAUGCCAAAGGGAAACCAUUUAGAUGCAUUUUCGACUCGUGCACAUUGCGAUUUUCUACUUCCACGUUGUUAGAACGUCAUGUUCAACGGACACAUAUGCGCGCAAAUCGUAUCAGCAGUGAUUCCUUGCCCAAAGUAUCUCUAACUGACAAGAGCAUAAUUUGUCAAUCACAUUCAGAAGAAAUAACUAAUUUACAAAAUUCAUUAAAGAAAUCUUCUCUGUCUACCAAGAAAAAUUUACGCAAACGUAAGAAAGCGCGAACUUACCGAGUUCGUCGCUUGGAUUUUUAUGAUUAUAGAAGUCAAAUACUAGUUAAAAACAAGUUAAAAAUUUCUUAUCUUCUUAACAAGGAGCUCACAACAAAAAAUAAUCGUGAACGGUCUCGCAUUUUACCACUGGAUUUUUGCAAAUUACCUUUGAAACUUUAUGAAAAGUCUACUAAUCCGCCUGCACGUCCCACUGUCAACCCACCAAAUAUCACGGUCAGUAAAGAAUUGACCCUACCAUCAUUGCUGAGGCAUACAAAAGAUAUUCAUCAGCACAUAUCAUUGCUGUUGACGACUCCUCAUACGUUUGUUGGUCAACGUAUUUCUCUGGAUCAUCGGUGUGAAUUUCUCGUACGCUGGAUUAGCGGGUCUGGACACAGUGUUAUUCCACCUACCUGGAUAUUUGAAGAGGAACUUAACGUGGCAGCUCAUUUAGAAAAUAUUUUGUGAAAUGUGCAAUAAUGUGAUCUCGUUUCAUGCGGCAACAAUCCGACGGUUUAUUGCUGCAUUUUGCUGUGUUUCAAUUGAUAGACAGCAAUAUACGGGCUUUCGAUCCUCUGUUGUACUCCUCAUUUAAUAUGUUGUACUCAGCUGUGAAAACUGUUUGUAUCGUUUUGACCAACUUACUUUAUCAGUUCUUGUUUGUUAGUGUUUAUUUAUUUACUUCCCAUCAGUCUUCAUGUUCGUCUAGCUUACCUACUUACUAACUUAAUUGUUUAUAUUUGUGAUCAUGUAUGAUAAGGUUUUUGCUUUUGCUCAAUUUAGGUGACACAUGCGUAUUUAUAAUGAUGUUAGGAUUUUCCCAAACAUUUCUCACCUUAUAGGCUUUCUUUGAAAUAUACGUGAUGUAAUUCCUCAU